UUUAUUCAGUCGGCGGCAAUCGCUCGUUCAUUCCGCACGCGAUCCAGCUGGAAUAAAUAAAAAAAAAAAAACAUUUGAUUUCAAAUUUCGUCUAGACGCGGGAAAAAAAAAUAAGAGAGAGAAACGGCCAGCAAAGAAAUGUCCGUCGGAAAGCUGCCACUCGUUUGGGUUGUUGGAGUGCUGGCCGUCUGCUGCUGGAUCGUGUCGUCGGGACUGUCGGCCGGCAGCCGGGAGGCUGUUCAAUUGGCGGCCGACACUCAUUUACAUCCGCUGAGUCGGCUGGCCGUCCUCCAGCAAGGGCCCAGUCGCCUGAUGGCGUCCAAAGCCAUGACGACGUUCGUCGUUUACCGGACCACCAUCCCGACUUGUAGCUUCACGACGUCUUGCGCAAUGAUCAACGGCGCCGUGACGGCCUGCAGACGUCUCGACCGCGACGUCGACAUUGACGCCAUCCUACCCAACAAACCUGUCAAAGUUCAGACGACUAUGGCUCCAGAGGAAUCGCCGGUCAUUUUCGUUCCGGACAUCCUGAGUUCGAACGAGCCUCGUGAUGUGCUGGUCAACGGAUUGCUGCCGGGCGGAAGUUGCGGCCCAGCAGCGUCUUUGGCCGGCUCGACUUUCGGCGUCACCAUCAUCUACACCCGGACCAUCAUUUCCGAUUUCACUUGCCUCAGCUCCGUCACGCAGACCAACACUUUCACGCUGGCAGGCUGCACCCCAACCGGCCUCGUUUACUGCAGCCUCUAAUACUAAUCAACUUGAAUUCAUUCCGAUAUUAUACGUGUUUUUAAUACACUUGCGCUUCCACGUCUA